ACUUCCUCUGGUCGGGAACAGACUUCAAGCACUCUGGUGCCAAGGUCAAUUAGGCUGCAUGUUGCCAACCUAAAGAACUUGGAGGCCUUGGGUUCAGGGAUCUUGCAAUUGCCAACAAAGCAUCUAAUCUUAGACACAUAUGGACACUCAUUUCUAACAGAAGAGACAACCUAUAGGCCAAUUGGGUUGCGAACUCAACUCAUUAGGGACAGAUGUUUCUGGUCAAUUAGCCCUCCUCAGGCCUGCUCAAGCAAUUGGAAAAAAAUCCUAAACCUUAGAGGAGUGGCUAGAGCAAUGAUUUUCACAAAAGUGGGAAAUGGAUCUAGAACCUUCUUUUGGGAGGAUAACUGGUUGCAAGGGGGUCCUCUCUCUAUCAAAACUACAAGAGAAAACUUACUUAAUUCACCAAUCCUACCUGAUCAGAAACUUGAUUCUCUUUACCAUGAUGCCCAAUGGCAUUUCUCUCAAUCUGUAGUUUAUCUUUUUCCAGAUAUUGUCGGCAUUCCUCCUCUGUCUACAACAGACGACAUGUUUGUUUGGCUGCCAUCUCCUUCAGGAUCAUUUUCUCUUAGCCACACAAUCAGAUGGUUGUCAACACACAGUUUCCCAAAGCCUUGGCAUCAUCUGAUCUGGAGUCCUUUCUCAAUCCCAAGGUGUAAGUUCUCUCUAUGGCUCGCUGUGCAAGGUAGACUUCCCACCCUCGAUCGAAGCAGCAUGAGAUCAUUCACUUGUUCCAGAGUCUGUAAGCUCUGUAAUAUGGUGGACGAAACACACAAUCACCUAUUCUUUGCUUGCUCAUACACUAGACCCAUCUGGAUUUCUUUACAGCACAAGUGCGGGCUUCAUAUUGCUCCUUCAUCUUGGACGGAUCUUGUUGAAUGGAUCACGAAUCGUUGGCCAAGAGGGGACCUCAGAUCCUCUGUGAACAAACUUGUCCUCUCCAUGGCCGUCAACAGAAUUUGGCAAGAGCGCAACAACAGAAUCUUCACAAGCCAAAGAUGCUCGCAGAUCGCAAUCUUUAGGCAAAUCACAAACAUGGUGCGCCAAAAGUUGCUAUCUAUUAAGGUUAAAGACUCACCCAUUGCCAGAAGGCUGAUGCUCGAUUGGGAUUUGCUGGCGUUCAUUCGUUCGCCACCUGAGCCACCGGAUCUCACGCCUUAGGGUUCUUGCCCUAAUUUGUCACACCGGAAUGUAAUCGCUUCAAGCAUUGUGUUUUUGCCCUAGACAUGAAUAGUCUAGUUCGCCUGUAUUAGACUAGAAAUGUCUUUGUCUGUUGGGUUCGGCCCUGUGUACAAUUCUUUUGUUUUUUGUGAUUUGGCAAGGCCAUCAUUCGUGUACCUGGCCCAAAGUGGAGGCUUGCCUCCGUUUGUAAUUUCGUUUAAUAUAUAAAAUCUCCCGUAUCUUCCGGAAAAAAAAACAAUGCAAAGUAAUCCGAACACAAUAAUUAAGUUAUUGCCUGCAUAUGAUCUUCAUAUUAUUAUUAUUUAUCUUCUUCCAUUUUUUUUUUUUUUUGGUUUCGUUUAAGGAUGGAUAAGGUUAAUUACAGAGAGUUUACUAAGGUGUUAAUUCAAUUAGAACAUGAUCAAUGGUUGAAGCAGGAAAGUGGGUGUAUAUUCUUUGUAAAAAAAAAAACA